GAGACCUCCGUCAGGCGCGAGUUUAAAUAUUCAAACUGACUUCACACAACAACAAAAACAUCUCAUUAAACAUAUAAAAUAGCACGGGUUUACGCUUCAGAAUACGUGAAAACACAUACUGGUUCUGUGAUGGGGGUCUCUGAGCUCUGGUCCAUACUGGAUCCGGUCCGGAAGACUGUCCCGCUCUAUAGUCUGGCAGGAAAGACUUUCGCUGUGGAUCUCAGUCUGUGGGUCUGUGAGGCUCAACACGUACAGGGCAUGAUGGGAAAAGUCACCAAACCGCACCUCAGGAAUUUGUUUUUCCGUGUGUCCUCUCUCACGCUGAUGGGUGUGAAGUUGGUGUUUGUCAUGGAAGGAGACGCUCCGAAAAUCAAAGCCGAGACCAUGAGCAAACGCACCGAGAUGAGAUACGGACACUUGAAAACAAAGAGCGCUCCGAAACCAGCGCCUGCCAAAAACACCAGCAGGGGCCGAUUCAAGGCUGUUCUGAGAGAGUGUGCAGAGAUGUUGGACUGUCUGGGUGUGCCGUGGGUCACAGCAGCGGGUGAAGCAGAAGCAAUGUGCGCCUUCCUGGACUCACAGGGCAUCGUAGAUGGCUGCAUCACCAACGAUGGUGAUGCCUUCCUGUAUGGCGCUCAAACCGUUUACAGGAACUUCAACAUGAACACAAAGGAUCCACAGGUAGACUGUUAUCAGAUGUCUCGGGUUCAAGCAGAUCUCGGACUAGACAGAGAGACUCUCGUGGGUCUGGCGAUUUUCCUGGGCUGUGACUACAUCCCUAAGGGUGUCGCAGGUGUCGGUAAAGAACAAACGCUAAAACUGAUCCAGAAUCUGAAAGGACAAGCACUUCUUCAAAAGUUUAGUGAAUGGGGGUCAGACGGUGCUGAAAGGUCAGAGGUCGCGGUGAAGAAGGUUACUCACUGUCUAGUGUGUCGUCAUCCUGGCUCUGCUAAGUCUCAUGAGCGCAGCGGCUGUGUGUUUUGUAAGAGUGAACGCUUCUGUUCACCGCAGGAUUAUGAUUCUCAUUGUCCGUGUGAGUGGCAUCGCACUGAGCACGCUCGCCAUGCGUCCAGCAUUGAAGCCAACAUCAGAAAGAAGACAUUGGCAUGCAAGCAGUUUCCAUUCACAGAAAUCAUCAAUGAAUUCUUGGUGAUGAAGGACAAACCAGUUCAGCCGUUCUGCAGGAGAAAACCAAACCUGCUGCUGAUGCAGAACUUUGCUCUGGAGAAGAUGGACUGGCCCAAACACUACAGCAGUGAGAAGAUUCUGGUGCUCAUGACCUACACUGAACUCAUGAACCGAAAACACGGCAGAGAAACCUCCACACAGAUCGAGCCUGUCAGAAUAUAUAAAUCACGCAUUAAGAAUGGAAUCUCCUGCUUUGAGGUCGUCUGGAAGAAACCAGAUCAUUAUGUGUUUGCUGAGAGCUGUGAGGAGCAGACCGAGGUCAGGACGGUGGAGGAAGAGUCCCUCUUCAGUCUGGCAUAUCCUCACAUCGUCCAGGACUUCCACAGAGAGAGAGCCGAAGCUCAGGGCAACAGAAUCAAAAAAAAGAAGCCAAAUGCAAAGAAAGAGAAGCCAGUUGAUUCCCAUGAUGCAGUGUCAGAUCUCUUUGCUCAGAUGUCUCUGCAAGCGGCCACAGAUCACCAAAACUCGGAUGCACUUUUACGCUGUAGAUCUACACACAAGCCCAAUAGUGAUGUCACAGCACACCAACAACAAACACUGCAACCACAUGAGAUCCCUACACAACGGGCUCCUUCCUCCCCGACAUCUGCAGGGCUUCUCCCUCCGGCGCAGAGUUCCCCGUCCGUGUCUGCUCUGAUUGGCCAGCUGCAUCUCAGCAGCAUUGACUGGGAUUCUUCAUCCUUCACAGCGUCUCCGUCCCAGCAGCCCCAGUGCAGUAAGACCGACCUCAGAUCUGCGGAAAAUGCGACUGAACAUGCUGCGGCUCCAACCUCUGGUCUAAAUGCACCACAAUGGGGUGUUGAGCGUUCCCUUAAGGAGCGAUUGAUCAUGAAAAAUAUCGUAAGAUCUACUGCGUCGACAGACCCUGUUGUGCAGACGCAAAAGUCCAAGAGUUCUGAAUCUAAACUGAGUGAGAUCAAGUGUUCCAGAACAGAGUCGAACCAACCAAUCCCAUCCAAAUCGUCUCUGGCAUCCCGGUGUAUAAAAACACAACCAGCGUGUUGUGAAGAGAAGACAUCGACAAACCUAAAACAUCAACAAACCCUCACAGAUAAACACUCACAAGCACUUAAAAACCCCCUGAUAUCUGCUGCAAUGCCUCAUCCAGGACACAGUAAACCAUCUGAGAACAUUGAGAAGAAGCCGCAAACAGUGUGUAAGAUGAGUGUGUGUGCGAGUCAACGCCCGAUCAGUGAUGACAGCGAUUCAGAGAAUCGACCCAGAUCACAGAAGCCAUCGAGACCCGUCAAAACCAGCCCGACCCAUCUGCCAAGGGUGAAGAAAUCUCCCAAUAAUCACCACCCUGAUAAAACCCCAGAAAAACAUGCUGUCAUCAAAUCAGAUCGCCUCAUCCUGGUGCAUCAUGGGAAGGUGGAAAACGAUGAUUCGGAUGUUUCUGUGGACAGCCCUCGACCUUUGGCGGAGAGACUGAAGAUGAGAUUUGCCAAAUGAAAGGGAUGUUUCUAAGUGGAAUAAUAAAGCAGAGGAAAAUAAUGUUUGAAAAUAAAACUAGCUAAUACAUUUGAAACAAUUAGCAUUUUAUGCAGUUCUAUGCGAGUGAUCAAGUCUUAUGUAAUCAAUCCAAAAAUAAAAUUCAGAAUAUUUGAGUGAUGCAUCUAUAGUGUUCUGCGUAGUAAAUGUUGUUUUGUUUGUUUUAAAUGAUGCAUUAUGCACACAAGUGGUGUUGCAAUUUAAUCUCUUCUAAGAAUGAUUUAAGAUAGGCCUAAAUAGAAAAAUAAUGACAAGUUAUAAUAGUACAGAAUACUCACCAAAACUAUGAAAUAAUGUACAGUAUAUAGAAGUAUGGGGAUUAUGUAUAGCCUAAAAAGUCUAAAACAAAUCAAAACUAUCUUAAAAUGUAGCUUUCUUUUAAACUAGGCACCCUUUUGUGUAAGGGGAGCAUUGUAUUGUCAGUUUGUCCACUAAUAUGAAGAUUAGUGGGACACAAAGUUUAUGAUGGUUCUGGCACAGACAACAAAUUCACAGUGUUUUGGAGAAGUGGAGUGACACAUGAAGUUUGCAGUACAGAAGUCCUUUACCGAGAGAGAGAGAGAGAGAGAAGUUGGCGAAACAACAUUAGGAUAAAAGUAACAGUCUGGUCCUAAUAAGGACAUAAACGCCUGCCGCUUCCUCUCAGCCUUGAUCAUGAGUGACAGGUGUCACACCUUUCCAGACAUGAAAGAUCUGACAGCUGCGUCCUGCUUCAACACAACAUCAGCUCAUAUACAUGCUAAAUAUCAGUCCAGAUCAUUAAAACCAAGUCUAUGAGUGAUUCUUUAAUUAGGGGAACUUUUCUGUCUAUUAGAAUGAUUUUAAAGAAGAAGAAAAAAGAUUAUUCUGGUUUUAAAGGAUGCAUUAUAAUGCUGUUUAUUGUGUCUCUUUAAUUACUUUUUUUUAAGUAUGUUGAAGUGAUAAAUUUGGGCUUUUCCUCUACCCAGACGACUUCCCUUCUAUAAUACAUUUUACUUUGACCUUUUCAGAACAGUAUUUGAUUUGAUUUGAUUUUUUUUUAGAAACAAAUAAUUUUAGAUUAAAUGUAAUAACUUGCGAGCUUGCUAGAUAACUUCUA